AUGGUUACCGCCGCCCCUCCCCGAAGGAACCUCAGCGAAAUCCAAAGCUACGUCAAGGACAACACAUAUGUGUCACACAAGUCGGAGUCCGUGUCUGAACAGAGCCAGUCGAGCCACAUGAAGAACUUUCGAAAUUCCCUAAACGACCACAGCCUGUCUUCCAAUGGAAACAACAAUGAAGAAACGAUAAAAAAUAAUACUGAUGAGCUCAAGUUAGGAGGGCUCUCAAAGAGAAGACUGGAAAAGGAAAGAUUGGAACUGCUAAAUGAAAAUGAAAACACAAUUAAAUUAAUACAAGAAUAUUCCGAUAAAUGGAUCAUACAAAUUAAGGGCGCAGAAAAUACCUUGUACUCAAAUGAAACCUUUAAAAUGCAAUUUAAGUUUACCGAGAAGUAUCCAAUAGAAAGCCCAGAAGUGAUAUUCAUAGGAGAACCGCCAAUCCACCCACACAUUUACAGCAAUGGGCACAUCUGCCUGUCAAUCUUAUAUGAUCACUGGUCUCCUGUCCUGUCAGUUAAUUCCAUAUGCCUGUCCAUCAUUUCGAUGCUUUCAAGCUGCACAAAAAAGAGAAAGCCAAUCGACGACAUGCUCUACUGUUCUGCUGGGCCAAAAGUUUCCCCCAAAAAUAUGAGGUGGAUGUUUCACGACGAUAAGGUGUAG